UUUGAAAUCUUGGUACCAAGAACUGCUGAACACAUCUCCUGAAGAUGAAGCUGCUGUGUCUUCAUGGCUUCCGAACCAGCGGACGCUUUCUCCAGAAACAGAUCAGCAAAUGGGAUCCCUCUAUCUUACAACAUUUCUCUAUGUUCUUCCCAGAUGGUAAGCACCCUGCUACUGGAAAGUCAGACAUAGAGGGCAUCUUUCCACCACCAUAUUUUGAGUGGUUUCAGUUCGUCAAGGAAUUUAAUGAGUACACCAAUUUGGAUGAGUCUGUUUCCUUCUUGUGUGAUUACAUCACUGAACAUGGCCCCUUUGAUGGACUCCUUGGCUUCUCUCAGGGUGCAAAACUAUCUGCCUUGUUACUCGGCUACCAAGCUCAGGGAAAGAUAUUGCAAGACCAUCCACCCUUCAAGUUUUUUGUUUCAAUCUCAGGGAGCAAGUUCAAAGAUCCAAGCAUCUAUGAAAUUGCUUACAAAGACCCCAUCAAAGUGAGAUCUGUGCACUUUAUAGGAGCCAAGGACUGGCUUAAAGUUCCUUCAGAGGACUUGGCCAGUGCCUUUCACAAUCCACUGAUCAUUAGGCUCCCUCAUGGCCACACUGUCCCUAGACUGGAUGAAAACACAACUGAGAUAUUCAGAGAAUGGACCAAGAUGGUUCUUCUUGAUGAAAAGAAGUUGGUUGAAGAUAAAGAUCCAAAGAUGGCAAAUGAUGCCUCUGAUGAAAACCAGAGUGGUGUUGUUGAAGCUUGAGAUAACAAGAAUGAUCGGAAAAUUUGAGUCUUGAAUAAGCGCCUCGCCGGAGGAGGUUAUGGAGAAGGACUUCUCAGAUUAGUGUUCUACACUCUGCAUCUGUGGUUUUUCAUUAAAAUUCCUCAACUUCAGUUUUGAAUUUAGUGUCAACAAAGCUAAAACUCGAAGGAAAAAAGAAAAAGGGUGAAAUAUGUAGAAAGUUACCCAAUUAUUUGGGUAUUUAUGUUUCGAUUAUCGAAUUAUAAAAAAUUUCAAUUGCCUUCAAUUAAAUCACUAGUGCUCGUAACAUAAUGAUACAUGCCACCUCUUUUCUCAUCAUGUCAACGCGGCAUGGCUAUAGAGACAUCAUUUUUUUCUCUAACACUUUCGCAUGGCAUUGUUAGCCGUUGGAAUGCCAAUGAGUGACAUAUCACCA